AUGGUAAUUGACGUGUGUCGCUUUCCUUCGCGCACAGAAGUGGAUGUUAGCUUUUGUUCAGGCAGGCGACUCUUCUUCAUCUGCAUCGGCAUCUCAUUGCAGUACCGAAACUUGCUCGCGAACUUGACAACGAACACAAUCCACAAAUGUACCAGUCGAAUUUGGGUAGCGAAGUGGUUGUUGAGGAACAGAUAG